ACAGGGGCCACAGUCAGGGCACCGGGGCCCCUUCUGAUUGUGGGCCUGGCCCCAGUGGCGCCAUUGUAAACCUGGUGCUGGACACACCCCCUCUCACUGGCAUCUCUCAUUGGCUAGUUCAGGCGAGGAGACCCCCUAGCCGGCUGGCUAUUGUGGAUACCAGGUGCCUAUCUCUCCCCAUUCACCUAGGACCACAUGGCAUAAAAAAGUGGCCAGGCCAUUAACAUCUUUUGUGCAGCUAUUCUGCAGCUGAAAGGAACCUUAGAAAGGUUCAUCUGCCCCUGGGAGAGGGAUUUAACCCAUCACAAUUAUCUGAGUUUGCUGUGUCCUCUUUCUAUGAAGACUUUCUUCUUGCAUGCUCAUGUACAAGUGACUCACCAUUGCCAUAACAACGGCCAAUAAAAACCUCCUGACAUGCCUUGAUGCUGUGAUUGGAUGAAAUUCAUCUGGUGGUUUUCUUGAUAUGUUCGUGUUCUGACUCCCAGCUGGUCUUGGGAAUGUCGCUCUCAAUUGGAAGAGUUUAGGACAGUUACCCUGUGGGGGUGACACUGACGCUUUUUUGGGCCCUUCACACUCCUCUCUGCUGAGCAGCUCUGAGCUCCCAGCAAGUCGAUACUGAUUGCAGCCAGAAGAUACAGGAAAACAAUGUGCCCCACUUGCUACAUGGAUCAAUCAGAGAAUGGAGGAGAGACAGCUAAGGCACUUCCUAACCCUGCAGGCUCACAGACAAAAACCAGACCAGAUGAAUCUCACUUCUGGCUUUUCCGUAUCCUCCGGAAAUACAGAUUAAUCACGGUCCUGUUUCUGGUUUUUCUCAUUAUUGCUAUUAUUGUUUUGGCAGUGGUUAGCAGUAGGCCCUGCCCAAAUCAUGCCCCUACCACAUGUCCAGUCGAUUGGAUUGGGUCCCAAGGGAAAACAUACCCAUGGAAAUGCUACUAUUUCUCAAAAGUCGAUGGGGAUUGGAACACCAGCCAGAGAAACUGCUCUUUGCUCGGUGCCUCCCUGGCUACAGUUGACACCCGGGAGGAAAAGGAGUUUAUGCUGCACUAUAAGGGACGCUCAGAAACCUGGAUUGGCCUUACCAGGGAACAAGCAGACAAGCCCUGGAAAUGGGUAAAUGACACCCCAUUCAAUGACCAGUUUCCAAUAAGGGGAGGAGGUGAAUGCGCGUAUCUGAACGACGACAAAGGUAUCAGCAGCUCAAGGUGCAGCACAGGGAGACGCUGGGUCUGCAGCAGGCCAGCCUGAUGCACAAAGCCACGGCAAAAGGCAAUGCAAGGCCUUUGGAAUGAGGGAGAAUGAUUAGUCAUCAUUUGGCUUUCUGAACUGGAGAUAUUGAUCACUGUCGACUCACUGAGGACUGGUUCAAACCUGUGUUUCGAUGGAAAACUGGGCUGGGAAAUGUAGUUCUCAUAGAUUCUGAGGCCAGAAGGGACCACUGUGAUCCCCACUCCUAGAUGGGAGACUGCGGUGCAUUGUGGGAGACAUAGUCUGACCGAGAGGCCUGGCAUGUAGAGGAGAAUGGGAGCAUGAGGAAACAGAACUACAUCUCCCAUGAGGUACCACAGCAACAUUUCCAAAUCAAAAUAUUUCAGUUUUGGCUAAAAAAAUGGAAGUUUUCUACACAAACCCCCUCCCCUAUAUUCUGACCAGCUCUGGUCUCAACUAAUGUUCCAAAGUGUCAGCAUUAGGGCCUUCAGUAACGUAAAAGUUAUUUUUCUGAAUAUUAAUAUAGUUUUCCAUAUGACCAGCUACAAAACCCAUCAAAGAAAACACUAUGUUCUUCCCUUCCUCUUGAAGCAAUACCUCUCCUACCGGCUUCUCAACCUGGAUGUGGCAAACAAGCUGUUACCAAAGGGCUGUAAUCACGCUGCCUUUCCUGUAGUGUUCAAUGAGAAGUCGGUCUUGAUGUGGAAAAGAUUGAGACCCCUUGAUCUACCCACUGCAUGAACAAUUCACGAACAGGCAUUCUCUUCUGAGUCAAUAAAGGAAAUGGGAGAGACA